AUGUCGAACCCGAACGUUUACCUCUUGGCUGCCGACAAUGACCCCGCGUUGUUGCCCCUCCUUCGAGAAAAGCCUGCCCUGGCCGCCUCACAAGAUGAACACGGCUACUCCCUUGUCCACGCUGCUGCCAGCUACAAUCACCUCAACCUCCUCCGAGCGCUUAUUCGCGAAUUCAACGUGGACGUCGAUCUAAAAGAUGAGGACAGUGAAACCGCACUGUUCGUCGUUGAGACUGUGGCUGCCGCCAAGAUUCUUGUCGACGCUGGCGCAAACGUGAACCACAGGGGCUCUGAAGGUUUCACAGCCAGAGAAAAAAUCGAGACCGAGGGAGAUUUUCCUAUCGUUGCCGAGUACCUGUCUAGAAUUGAGGCAAAGCAAGCCAACGACACUGCAUCAACCGCGGCCGCCGUCUUGCCCGAAGCUAUUCCCCCGCCUCCGGAAGGCAUGAAGGUAACCGUUGGCACGAUGGACAAGAGCCAGGACAUUCCCGAAGAUGUUGAUCCCGAAUUCCGGAGACGGAUCGAAGAGUUGGCCGGACGCGACGACUUCAACACCCCUCAGGGCCAGGCCGAGUUGCGAAAACUGGUCGAAGACGCUAUCCUGGGAGAGGGCAUUGGCGACGAGCGAAACGUGCGAUCGAAGCAAGGCUAGAUGCUCAUUCAUGGGAUUUUGUUUCCCACAUGAUGUAAUUUCCAGCUGCGACAGACGGCCGAAGAAUGGUGAGAUCAUCACUGUUACCAGCGACACUCUUUGAGAAGCGCGUGGCGCUGAGGGAGAACCACAUUUCCGAAGGGCACACGGCCAAGACGUCCAUAAGCAAACCAUGAAGCCACUGUGCCGAAAUGAAUCCUUGCCAGCUCAACUUGCAGACCUUGCGGUUGCUGUGGGUGUCUCCCGGUACGCUGUAUCGCGACAGAUAGGAGUCAAUGCUAUCUUGGGGUUCAAUUCGUGGGCUUGCCAGACGAACUAGCGACAACCAUUCGUAGCACUCUGUUGCGAAGUGCUCGAGGCCCUCGCGGUCGAUGUUGGCAAGGAUUUCAGGGUCUACGUCCAGUCUUGGUUGAACUACGGCAGACUCUCGACUAAUGCCUGGCGACGAGGUGUAGCCUGUAGGAAAGAACUGCUGUAAUGGAUCUGGGUUUGGCGCUAUGAAACGCGAGGUUAAUGUGGGAUUAUAUUUGGGG